AUGGCAACUAAAUCUUUCCAUCAACUUCUCGGACCAUUCCUUACGGUUCUCGUGUUGCAAUCUUUUGUGGUCAAGUGUAGACCUGUGAAAUCCGAAUCUCCCGGUCAGGGAAGUCAUGGCGGUCAACCAACUUCCGACGACUCCUCUUCCAUCCCUGCAUAUUUAGAUCCUCAAGCAGUGGCUACCGCCAUCGAUACGGCGUUCCGAAAAUGGCAAGCCGCCGUCCCUAAGUUCGCAUUCGGAAAGAUAUAUCCAGGCGAGUAUGCUAAUAUCAAAAUUGGGUUCACUCCACUAGACGGGUAUUAUGGUUAUGGUUAUUAUCCACCUGAUGGGAGGCUUUACCUGGAUAACAGCCACACGAACUGGAGCACAAAAUCUUACCCUGCGGGGUACGAAGAAGACCUGAUGUCCGGUGCCAUGAAUGCAAUAGGGCAUACCCUCGGCCUUGAGGAUAGUACCAAUCCGAGUGCGGUCAUGUACCCUACACUGUAUUCUGGAAGUAUUAGCGAAGAGGACAUGAAUCGCAUACAGAAUUUAUACUAUUAUACGCCACACCUUGAGUUAGGAGAACCUAUGUAG